GAUGGGUAUGAAAAUGACGGAAAGCUCAAGAUAAUCGGCAGAGCAAUUGCAAUUGAACCAAAGUUGGUACAACUAUGGGAGAAAAUAGGAUUCGACGAGAUUUGUGAUCUUGUAUGCGCUAGGAAUUUUAUGUAG